AUGUAUUACUAUUUAGAUGUAUCAUUAGUACUUGCUGAUAAUCAAGAAAUAACACCCGCUCUAUUUAAAAAUCAUAUUCUAACUUCCGUGAAGCAAGUUUUUGGAGAAAUCGGUGCUGCAGUGCCUUUUGAUGUCUUGAAAUACGAUUCUACAGAAAACAGGGCAAUACUGCGUGUACCACGAGAUCAUUACAUAAAGUUUCAUGGAAGUCUCACCUUAGCUGGAUAUUAUCAAGGUGUACGUUGCGCAUACACUGUCCAUAAGGCUAGUCCUUUACUGCUGUCUCUGUUGGGUGAUAGUCGAAGUUACGUUCAUUAA